AUGGCUUUGUCCUCACCGACUGAUAUCGCUUCUCAUUCCAGAAACGACGAUUCGGCUUUCAAACACUAUCUGAUGCACUCCUCAAUAGAUUCGGUCGACCCCAAAAAUGACAACGAUGGAGAUAAAGCCAAGCCAGAAAACUAUGCUCUCGACGCAGAAGCGUUGGAGGUGCCUUUGAGGCUUAUCUCAAAAGAUGUCAAUUUGCUGAUAUCGACAUACAAUUCUCUGAGGGCUGCAUAUUCAGCUCUUAAGGAAAAAUUUGAAACCCAACAAAAGCAAUCGCAAUUAAGCCUUGCCAUUGAAAGCUCUUCGGCAUACAAGGAAGAAUCAUUGAAAGCAUGGGAAGAAGCAUUGCAAAAUCUCCAAGAUGAAUGGAUCAAAUUGCAAAACAAAGUCGACCAGGCAUCUUGGAGCCUAUUUGUCCUCUCCCAAAGAAAAGAGCUUUCUUCACGUGUCGACCACGUAAACCAACAUCAAGCACCGGCUGCCGAUUUUUCUGCAGCCCAUUCGCAUCAAGAUUCGAUCGAAUUCGAAGACAUGAGGCCUAAUUUAGAACCAGAAAAUCGGAGACUUAUGGCUGAAUUGGAGAAAAAAGAAAUCGAAGACAUGAGAGUUUCCGCUCAACUGGAAAGAUCUGAAAGGGAGCGAGCGUUUGAAGAAGAAUUGAGGUUGAAAAGAGAACAUUUUGAGUCUGAAAUGAGAAUUAAACACCAAAAUUUUACCGCUCAAACGGAGCGACAGGAGAGUGCACCAGACACUAGCGAAUUACAAAAGUUGAUCCUCGAAAACGAAGAAAAAAUAUGCCUUCUUGAGCAACAAGUCCGAGAACUCGAAAUGCAGCUCUCAUUUGGUGCACAAUCAAGUGAUCCACAGCGUUCGAAAGAAGAACAGCAUUUGCUCGAUUCAAAGCUGAGACAGUUAGAACUCGAGGUUGAAGAUAAAAGAAGAAAUCUUGAAUGGGAAUAUCAAGACAAAAAGUCAGCAUUGGAAAGUGAAAUGGAAUCUAAGCGCAAAGACCUAGAACAUAUUUUCGAAACGAGGAACAAUAUUCUGGAGAGCUCGUUUAAUGUGAAGGCUACCGAUCUUGAGCUAGAAGUGAAGUCGAUGAAACAAUAUCUUCAAUCGGAAUUUGAUAGUUUAAAGGACCAUCUUCAUGCUGAUUUUGAAGCUAAAAAGUCUUCUUUGCUAACUGCCCAACAUGACAUCUCAUCUGUUACUCAACACUAUGAAAGCCAGCUGCUGGAAAAAGAUGAAAGAAUCAACAAACUCCAGGAACACUUGGCAAUUGUUGCUCAAAACGCCGAUUAUAUAAAUAAUAUAGAGCUGAAGGAUAGCGAGCUUAACGCAUUAUCGCUACAACUUGAAGACUUUGAACAGCAACUUCUUCAAAGGGAGGUUCUUCUUAAUCGCAUGGAAAAGGAAAAAAUAGACGCGCUCAAUUCAAGAGAAUCUGUUCUAGCAAGUAUGGAAGCAGCACUUUUGAUACGCACAAAAGAAGAGGAGGCCAACAUAAUAGGUAGAUCUACAGCACAAUCAGCGGCCUCCGAAGACUUGAGAAGGAAGAAAGCAACCAUUGAUGCGGAUCGCGCAUCUUUAGAGGCCGAUAAAGAGGCGUUAGCUUCGCUCGCAUCUCUUUUGGAAGAAAGAAAGUCUGCCAUUGAGGCGUCAUUAUUGGCACAGUCGGAAUCGAUUGAGGCGGAGAGGUCUAAGCUCGUUGCCGAAAAGUCUUUAUUUGAAAGCCAAAAACAGCGCCUGCCUCAUUGUAGCGAGAAGCAGGAAUCUUUGCCACAAGAAAAAGUGGAGCUCUUCAAAUUAGCUCUCGCGCAAUUUGAGCAAGAAAAGCAAAGCUUGUUAAAAUCCAAAGCACUGGCCGAGGGAGAUAACGAUGAAAGUUUUAUAUUCCAAGAUCAGGUAAUGCAGAGAUCGCCUGCGCCUCUGAAAAGGGGGAACAAAAGCCACCUAUUGGGCUCUCCCCUUAAACCAAGAAACCUUACCAGCCCACUUCGUCCGUUCAGAAGUCCUGGGUUUAGCCACAGACGCACCAGUGUGCUUUCCCAAAGCUUCCGAAGGAUGUUGUCAAAGCUCGCAUCGACUUCGGAAAAGCAAGCUGAAAUUUCGCUUCCCUUGCUGGCCGUUUCAGAACAACCCAGUGAGCCAAAAUCAAAUGAGGAAUCAUGCAACAUUUCGCAACACAAAGAAAGCACUUCAAGCUUGCCCAAUUCGUUUGACACGGCGUCUGAUCUCUCUAGCUUAUCUUAUGCUGAGGUCCCGGGACACCAAGAGACAGAUUCUUUCACCGAAGAAAAAGAAGAUUUGGAAAACGAAUCUACACCAACAGGGGUGAGCUCGGGAAGGGGCAAGUUCACCUUUAUUCGGCAUUUGAAGUCCUUUCAACGCUGGAAGGGCUUCGCAUCGCAACUAGAAAAAAACAUCUCUGCAAUAUGUUCACAUCUGAAGGCGGAGCAUGAGAAAAUAGACGUGCUAACCAAGGCUCUACAAAAGGCAGAAGAAGACAGGAUAUUUGCUCAGAACACGGGCAAACAAUUACUUGACCAAUCAAACAUGCAAAAUGAAAGCCUAAAGAAAGAGAGCCAAUUUGCCAUUGACCAGUUGAAAUCUCAAUUGGCAUCAAGCGAAGAGAGCUACCGCCGUCUGCUUGGCGAAUUUAAUGCGCUUAAAGACGGCUUUCUUGCGUUGGAGGAAAAAUCACACAAGAUGGUGAAGGACAAACAAGAGCUUUCAAACGGCGUCUUGCUAUUAGAAGAGUGUUCUACCAUUCUUUCUUCGACCGAUUUUAAUGAGCAUGUUGAAAAAAUCUUUGACGACACCGAAUCGCUUUCAGGAUUCAUCAAGAACUCCCUAUCCGAUAUCAAUCCAGAGGCCUUUACCACAGCCAUCAGCGAUUUAUUGUCCGAUGACACACUUUCUUGGAUAGAGGUGAUAGAUGCUCGAAUAAGCUCCAAACCUCAUUCUCCAAAGCAGGCCAUUGAUCUCUUCCUGUCCGUUGUUGAUGCCAAAAUAUCCACUAUGAUCCAUGAAAUUUUCCUCACUCUCAAAGCCAACAAUCAAAAUCCGGUACCGCUUCCCGUACUGCUGGCAAAGGUUUUGAAAAGAAUUUCAAACGCCGUUUUUCUCUUCAGCUUUGGAAUAUUUAAGGCCGUUCGUUGCCAGCCAGACUCGGAACAUGGCUCUCAUUUGGAUUGCAAAUCCCAUUCUAGAUAUCAGAUACCAGUAUCUUCAAUUCCGGCACCCACGUCUUCUUCGUCCAUGCUCAACGAGCGCGUGCAGGCUUUAGAAAUUGCCCUGCGUACUGCAGAAGACGAGAAAAAAGUGCUUCUUAGAGAGUCGGCGCAAAACUUGGCAAGAGUUGCAUCUCUUUCAAACGAGCUUUCGAUGCGUUCGGAGAGCAAAUCAGCUGCAUAUUGGAAAGAGAGGUGCCGAUUUGAGCUGGACCAUCGAUCUGACCUUGUGUUCCAAAAAAGAUAUCUUGUGCUUGAAGUUACUUGCCUGCGAUCCAACGAGCUACUUUUGCUGUCUUUGUUAGAUCAAUUGAGCGAAUCCAUCCCCAAUGGUGUGCUAUCGCCAACCCCAGGUCUGAUGUCCCCCACAAGGGCAUCGACAAAAAUUACAGUAUCCUCAUUUCYGGUCAUUGCAAGGUCUGUGUUGGCUUGCAUUCGUUGGCAGCUGCUUAUUCGUCGACGCUCUCGGCUCAUGGCUACUGCACUGGCGCGGUAG